AUGGACGAAGAAAGUGGCGAGGUGAAUACAACACCUUUUUCUACAGAGGCCGACGUUGAAUCCGUGACCAAUGCGCAAACACAACAACCUUUGGAAAAGCCGAAUCCCUCUGAGAAGGUAGAAAAGGAUUCAGAGGUUGACAACAUGUUACAAAACCCAGAGAUUACGAAGGAGAUUCAGAUCAUAGAGCAGCCGACUUCUACACCUUCUAUUUUAGCUACUGAGAAAACGGGGGAAAAAAAAAAGAAACUGUCUUUACAAGAAAGGUUAGCCUUAGCUGCUCAAAAAAAGAGUAAAAACGAACCAAAACCUAAAAGGAAACUAAUAGGAGAAGACAAGCAAAAGGAGGCAGCAUCUGAUACUAUAGCAGAUGAAAAGAGCAGCUCUUCGACCAUCGUGCAGCAAAGUAACACUGCCGCGGUGGAUUAUGACUUGGAAGAUCUUUAUCGAAUGAUUCCUGCGGAAUUGGCUGGUCAGCGAGAUCAGCUGGUUAGCCACCUUAAGGUUUACGUUGCCAAAUUAAUUGAUAAUAAUUCAAAAAGCUACGUGACGAGAAUCAGUAAACUUGAGAAUGAAUUGUCAUCAGUGAAAAAGGCGAAGCCGGUAUCACUUUCCAGUACUGAAAGUGAGUUGUUAAAGAAGUUAGAAGAGAAAGAACAACAAAUAAAUGAGUUGAUUGAAGAAGGCAACAAGCUAUCCAAAAAGGAACUUGCUCUGAAUCAAUCGCUUAAGAAGAUGAAAAUAAGAGAAGCAGAGCUCGAAGAAGACGUGGAGCAGUAUGAGAAGAGCACAGAAGAGUUAAAUCAUAAGGUCGAACUUCUGGACAAGAAAGUAGUUGAUUUUGAAGAUAAUGAAAGAGCUUUGGUUGAGGAAAAAUUGGCUUUGCAAACACUUAGGACCAAAUAUGAUUCUCUUGUUCGUGCUAACGAGAGUUUAACGGAUGAGUUGAAAGAGAUCAAAUUUAGCAAAUUGGAUGUUCAAUUAGAAAAAGCUUUGGCAGAACUAAAAGAAGAACGUACAGCACAUUCUAAAAUUCUAGAGAAGUAUGAAAAAUUGAAUGCGUUAUAUAACCAAACAAGCGAAGAGAAAAAUACACUGAUUUCGGAUUUAGAAGGUCAAUUGAGAGACGAGAAGGCAAAAUGCUCUGAUGUUGCUCGAGAAAGUGAAGCUGAAAUUAAAAGACUUGGACAAAAGAUUGAAGCUCUCAGGUUCCAAAGCGAAAGUACAAUUCCUACUGAUAAAUCAACGGAAGAUAUGGAGAUGCUUCAGUCGCAGUACGACCAAGCAAAGGAAAACUGGAAAUUGAUUGAAAGCUCGUAUUUGAAAAAAAUCUCGAACUUUGAGGUUCAACUGGAAGAUUUAAGGAAGACAAACAUUGUUUACUCGAAGAAGAUAAAGGUAUUGAGUAAUGAUCUAAAACAAAAAUCAACCUCUAAUAGCGAGCUACAAGAGCUUGAGAGUAACCUUGUUUUUGAAGUUAAUCUUUUGAAGAAAAAGAACGCUUCUCUGAUGACUGCGAACCAGACACUUGAAGACAAUAUCGAGCAAUUGAAGGAAGAAUUUGCGAAGGAAAAGGAAAGCUUUGAAAAGAAAGUACAAACGCUAGAAGAAGAGAAAGAAGGACUAGAAUCAUCACUAAAACUACGUACCAACGAUUUUACCUCAUCACAGCAUAUGAAUCAAAAUUCCUUUUAUCUACAAGAUUUAUCGUCAUCUUCUUCGCUCAACCAUAUGAAGGCAAUGAAUAAUUCAACAAUGGGACGCUCUACUUCAAGCAAAAGAUUUUCUAUAUCUGUAGGCGAAUCAUCAACUACCCCUAGACUCUCUACGUCCAAUUCUUCUUUCUCUAUACACAAAUUGAAUGGCAUGGCUUCGAUGUCUGCUCAGGAUAAGAUACUGAGACAUCAAAACUCCACUAUAUCCUUUAACAGCAAUGAUAUGCAACAACAACCGCUAGGUAUUAACACUACGUCUGGGGCAAAUAACGAGUUAAUAUCUGGUGGUGUUAGUGGGACCACUCCAUUCUUACUGGAGUCACCGUCUAUAAACAACGCUUCGCAGGAUUUGGCAUCGUUGAAUGAUGACAUUCCACUAGGAAUGGAUGCUGAAAGUGAGCGUGUAAGUACACUGAAUGGCGGAACAGAUACACCGAACAUCGGCAGUGGUGGAGGAUUGAAUAUUCAAUUAAUAAAAAAGUUGAGUGCGCAUAUCAGGAUGUUGGAACUUGAAGUUACCACUCUAAAGGACGAAACAAAGACAUUAGAGCGUGAGAAAGAUGCAGCUAGUGAAGAAAUUGUACGCUUGAUCCAAGAUAACAGUCAGGUACAGCUAGUACGUGACGAAGUUACAGCCAAAGAGGCAGAAGUCAGCAAACUUCAGAAGAACUACGAGCGUGUUUUGAUUUUACUUGGAGAGAAAGAAGAGCGUGUUGGCGAACUUACUGCCGAUGUUGAGGAUUUGAAGGAUAUGUUACGACAGCAAGUUCAGCAAAUGGUUGACAUGCAAGAAAAGAUAGAUAAGAUAAGUUCCAACAAAUAA